UCCCGAGCACUUCUCAAAAGUCGCGUCCCGAUGACAGGACAGUGUAGUCUGGACGCGGGUCUGUGUGUUUCCUUCUAAUGUGGGUUUCUGUGUGAAACGCAGCAUGACAUCGGUGUGGAAGCGGCUGCAGCGGGUGGGGAAGAAGGCGGCCAAGUUUCAGUUCGCUGCGUCGUUUCAAGAAUUGAUGCUCGAAUGUACCAAGAAAUGGCAACCAGACAAACUGCGCGUGGUGUGGACCAGACGGAACAGACGUCACUGCACCAAGCUCCACAGCUGGCAGCCCGGGAUAAAGAACCCAUACCGAGGGCUGGUGAUGUGGCAAGUCCCAGAGAGCUUGGACAUCACUGUCACUCUGUUCAAGGAACCAACUGCUGAGGAGUUUGAAGACAAGGAUUGGACUUUUGUCCUUGAGAGCGAGACCAAAGGCCGUCGAAAGGUGCUGGCCUCAGCUGACCUCAACAUGAAGAAGUUUGCCAGUGCGACCUCGGCGCAGUACGAUGUCACGCUGAAGCUCAAACCUCUCUCUGUGAAAGUGAUCGAGGCCACGCUGAAACUAAACUUGUCCUGUGUCUUUCUCAAAGAGGGCAAAGCCACGGACGAGGACAUGCAGAGUCUGGCCAGUUUGAUGAGCUUUAAGCAGAGCGACAUCGGGAAUCUGGAUGACUUUAACGACAGCGAUGACGAAGGCAGCGAGGACAGAAGAGCCAGCUUCGGGUCGGGUCAAGCCACCGUAGUCACAGCUCCAAGAAGACCUCACAGCUUCCACUGUGACUCCUCUGCAGCUGAAGGCUUUGGGGCCUCCUUCCCCUCUUCUCUCACUCCUCUCAGAGCCAUCUCCUCUUCUACUCUCUCUAAUCCUCCCUCCGAUCCUUCCUUCAACCUCCCAUCACUUCCUGAGGCCUCUCAAACAGCCUGCUCUCGAGCCCUGAGUGUUCCCUCCUUUUCCUCUUCGUCGUCAUCCUCAGCUCCUCUCACCUGCUUCCCUCCUCCUCCUCCUGCUCCGGCACCCCGACUUCUCAAAACCCGCUCUAUAGGAGAUUCAGGCGCCUCCUUCACUCGACCCACCAGCCUCCCAUCUGCCCCUGAUGCAGCUUCCUGGCAGAGUGAGUGGCGGCCUCCCAAAUGUCCGGCUCCUCUGUCGCAGUCCGCUCUCUCUCCUAAGUCUCUACACCUCUCUGGUUCGGGACAACAUGAUGUUCUGCAAAAAAGACAGAGAAUAGAGACGCCAUCUUCUUCCUGUGCAACAUUUGGCCCCUCUUUGGCGCACAAACAAGAGGGGGGGUCUGGAUUUGUUCCAUCCUGGAGGCCACAGGUUGUUGCUGCAGUGCAGCCCCCCUCAGCAACCCAUCUAAGUUCUCAUUCUCUUCUUGAGCGUCCCGGGCCACCUCUUCUUCCUAAGUCUCAUGUAUCCCAAAUGCCAUCCACAAGUGAUAAGGCUGCAGAAUUAAAGCGGCAGCUGAGCACUCUGAGUGAAGAAGAAAAUCAGUGUUCUCCUACAAGUGCUGACCCCAUUCUGCCUCUCCGGCGACAAGAGCCAGCUCGAGCCACUCAGCAUAGAAAAGAUGGACAGUUCGGAAUAGAGGUCGUCCGUGCAGCAGCGGGACCUGAGAGCAUGGCCUCCCUUGUUCCCCUUAGUGCCAGGCCAUCCUUACAUCAAGGAACAAAACAUUUAGGGUCUUCCCAACCGCUGAGGGAGGCAGAGAUAUUUCCAAAAUUAGAGUCUUCCUUCCCUUCCACUCAAGAACAGAAACAGAAUACAUGUGGUGCGAUUCAUUGUUCAUACACUUGUGAGAAUGUGGUUUAUCCACAACUUCACUUGUCAAAAAUGUCUGUUCAACUAAGAAAUCAUACUCCUCCAGCGGAACCUGCCCACCUCCAACCACCGGCUUCGUCCCAAACCAACCCUGUGUUGCACUCACCUCAAAUUGCUACAGUCAGGUACAGAAACCCAGUUGCCCAAUCGGGAGGUUUUACAAUCGUAAAAAGCUAUCAACUGGAGAAACAGCAAACUGAGGUUCUGAAAAUGAACCUUGCCUUGUCAGAACCUUUCAUGGAAAAAAACAAUGCAAAUGUAGCCCAGCAAACCUUUGCGAAAUCAGAUCCUUGUUUUGGCCACGCCCCUGCACCGCUACAAACAAACGUAUUAAUGGAAAACAUAAACACGCCAGAUUCACUUGCCUGCACAAAAGAUACUGGUUCAUCUUGUAACAACUCAACUUUGAGAGUGGGUUCAAAUGAUAUGCCACUGUCUUUGGGGAACAUGUCCACUGCUACCCUGAAGCCUACAAGUCCAAGCUCUUCACUCACUGUAGAAAAGCAUCCGUACAGGGAAUCUACACCAAACAACUCAGAAGAGAGUUACUCUUGUAAAUUAACUACGAGCUCCCUGCCAGUGCCUCAGAUUAAAGAAUCAGUCAGAGAGCCAACCAUGAUAGAAUCACUAUUAAGCUGCCCCAAAUACUCUAAUGUUGCUGGGCUUCCAUCUCGCCAUCAGAAGCAAGUAGUUUCAUGGCCUAAUGAGGAGUUCAUGUUUAAAAUCCAGCGCACUGCGCCUGUGAUGUUCCCAGAUUCUCUUCCUUCUCCUUACAAAGGUCAUACAGAGAUUGAGAAAAUGGUUAGCAUCAGGCACACCUGUACAAAGUCCAACGGGCUUCCCUCUCCUCUGGAAUGUGAACCAACAAUGGCUCGGCUUUUGCCCACCUGCCCCAAAACGAGCAGAAUUCCAGGGCAUGCAUCCUCUGGAUCAGGAUUUGAAUAUUAUGAGAUUUUAUGGGCAAAAGGUUGUAUCUUGAUGAAAGCGUGUGAUCGUAGCUACCCAGUUAUCUGUAGUUGGAAGCAUACUGAUGGUGAUAUGAUGGAACUCAUGGUGGCUCUUCUGCCCACGUGCCCUAAGAAGAGGUGUGUGCCAGGAUUUCCCUCUGGCUUACCGCAGCAAACGCAAGCGACACCAAAUAUGGUCAGUUUUGUUCCCACAUGCCCCAGACACACUAGGAUUUGUGGCAUGCCGUGUAAGACAGUGUCAACCACCCCGGCUGAAAAUUGGAAGACCAUUGGACUUGUUAUUGCAGGUCGCAAACCAAAAAGUGGUAUUGUGACAAUUAAAGACGUUUCAUGCUGUGUUGAAGAUAAUAUUAACAUGAUAACAAAUAUGUUACCUUCAUGUCCAGAGGCUGCGAUUUCAGGUUUUCCUUCAGCUCCAAAACAGAAAUGCAAGGUGUCUGUGUCAGCGCAAAAUGUAAACGUUACUGGAAUUUUGGCCACUUGUCCAAGAAAAAGUGACGUUUUCGGUUUGCCGUCUACAGAGUCUGCUUGUCACCAAAGCACCAGAUUUAAGGAAUGUGAUCAUAUUUUAAUCCCAAAACACCUUACUAAGAGUUUUACGGUUAUUCUGGAUGUUUUCCCGGAAGUGGCUAAAAACAUGAACAAGCUUUCAGUAGAAAUGCUGCGGUCACAUUCUCUUAAAAUCUGGAAAGCAGCUAGAUUCGCUGAAUCAAAGAAAGGUAGAUACAGUAACAUCAAUCUUGCUCCUUCGUGCCCUAUACAUUCCAGAAGUUUUGGGAUGCCCUCCAUAGGUCAGAACUAUAACUUAACCAAGGUCUGGAAUGACUUGAAGUGGCUAACUGAGGUGAGACCAGAGAAGAAAUUGCAGGCUUGCAUCACUCAUUGGAUCCCAAAUGAUCCGAGAUGCAUUCAGAAUAUGGUAAAUAUAUUGAGUAGUUGUCCGGAGAACGCUAAGGGUGCUGGCUUUCCCUCUGCUCCUCAACCAAAAUCCACAAUGGUUAAUAUCAUGCCAUCUUGCCCAAAACAGAGCAGAGCCCCUGGUUUUCCUUCACAGUCAGUUCAGAAGUGCUUAACCAGUGCUAAACAGCCAGUCUCAGAUAGAAGCUCUCACUUUCAGUUCUCAGUGGCAAAAAGGCAGGUCAUGAUUUCACGCUCUGUUUCAUACUGCGAUUUGCCUACAGCUGCCAAAAUGUUUUUAACGUUGCCCUCUUGCCCAGCAAGUACUCAAGUCCCAGGGUUUCCAUCUGCUCUGACUCCAACCUAUGCCCGCACAGCUAUGCUAAGUUUACUUUCCAGCUGUUCAAAUGAUUCAAAAGUCCCCGGGAUGUCAACAAAGUUUAUUCAGGCACAUUCAAAAUGGCUGGUGGAGAAACUCGCCUUGAUAUCCCCUGAAAGACGUUUGAUCAGUUGCCAGAUAGAUGACACAUAUAUAUUGAGCUUUGAUGGAGAUAUAUUGAAAAGGAUUCAUUCAGCUUUAGACACCUGUCCACAGGUCGCUCGCUCACCAGGAUUUCCUUCCCGACUAACUCCAAACCUCCCCCAUGUGCCAGUCCUGACGGAUCUGCAGUCUACCAUAGCAAAGUACUCCAGUAUUUGUGGAAUGCCCUCAAAGAUUCACAUGCAAGUGGAUGAAACCAAAUGGAAUGUAGUUAAGAGCCGCAUAUGGGAGAGACCAGUUCCUAACUUUGAUAGUCUAUUGGCAAUUCUGAACUAUAAAUUUGGUUUGAGAGAGAAGUCAUCGGUCAGAAUUAUGGUGUCCAUGUUGCCUGCCUGUCCCAAACGAUCUGGCAUUCCUGGAAUUCCCUCUAAGUUAGGAGGAAGGCAAGUAGAAACCCUAAGUAAACCGCUUCUGAGCAUGCUUAAGACCUCCGCCACAUUUAGUAAGCAGAGCAAAAUACUUGGCCUUCCUGCACUGACUAUUGUCAGUGACUGUGAUGGAUGGCAUCGGGGGACAAGUGCACAAUGGGAAAGACCUUUAGCUCAUACGUUAGCACACAUUUGCCAGGAUUUCAGUCUUCCAACACUUCCUGUCCAACAGAGAGAAAUAAUGCUCAGCAUGCGGCCAUCCUGUCCCAUGCAGGCACUUAACCCUGGGUUUCCAUCAGCGCCUCGUAUCCAAGUGCCUGACGCUGAGGCAGGAAAAAAUCCAAACGUGGUUGAGCUGGUGCAGUGUUGUCCAGAACAGUCACAUAUCAUUGGUUUCCCCUCAAGAAUUGUGAACCCUAUUCUCAAAGUAGAUGGCUGGCCAGACGGGCUCAUAGCUCAGCACAGAUAUUCUCUCACUUAUUCUGCAAUGGAUAGACUUAAAGUUAUUUGUCCCAUUGCGUCCUCUGAUUGUGGCUCCAGUGCUACACCCAGGAUUCCAUUUCCAAAUAAUGUUAAUAUUGUACCAUCUUGUCCAAAGGAAGCCUCGAUGCUAGGCCUCCCAUCAACACAUGUCCACUCUUCAGCAUUGGGAUGGCCAUAUAGUCCGUCCCCACCAGAGUUACUAGAGGUUCCUUUUACUGAGGAGCAAAACAUCACAGCAUCAGGCAAACAUUAUCAGUUUAUAGCCGCUCCAACUCCAAAUGAGAGCAGUUCCUUGAAGGGAGGAAAUGAGGAUUCUUGGGGCAACAUCUCUCCAAAUGAGGAGAGUGAAAAUAAGUCAGUGAAAGGAGCUGAAAAGAUGAUAUUGCUACAUCCAUCAUGUCCAGAUGUCGGUGAACCUUCCUACCCUACAAGCCAUGAGCCUGCACAGGUGUGUGGGACAGACAUGGCUAUUGAGUGGGAGGAGCUACCGAAGGGGACGAAAGACAAAAUUCUAUCCUCAGAAGACACUGUUUGGGAAGAGCUACCUCUGAAGAAGUCAAACCUGACAGAAGAUGUUCUGCAUAAUGAAAUAGUGCACACAUUACCUGUCUCAAGUGGUCAGAAACUUGAGCCUGGACUGAUUCAGCAGCUUGACUUUGGUCCACUGCCCUCCUCGUCAUCAGAUCCCCCAGGUCCCAAGACAGAUACAAUGGACUCCCUAAAGAAGGAAACACAGUACAGAUGUUUGGAAACACAUCCCAGUGAUGCAAACGUCGCUGACAUUUCUGGAUCUGUGACUCUUGGAUUUGAUAUGAUGACCAUGUAUUCAUCCUGUCCAAGUAUAUCCGGUGUACCCGGCUUACCAUCCAUCACUGGAGGCGAAGAAAGACCUUGGGUAUGUCAUCAGGAGCCACUAUUGCGGAAGAAAAGUGUUAAGCCAUUCAUAAUUAAUAACACGCCAGCAGAGAUAGAGAAUGAGAACAAUGUACAAUGGGGACAAACUUGUCCAAAUAUUUCUUACAUAUCAGGCAUGCCUUCAAUUUCACAGCCACAUCAUGGAUGGAAUAUGACCAGACUUUCAAGAUCAUGUCCGAAAAACUCCUGUGUCCAAGGUAUUCCAUCGCUGGAGGACUGUCGGAGGAAAGACUGGAUGAUAAAGGCCCAGCCGUUUGAAGUUAUGAAUGCAACCGUCCACGAUUUUGUUGUGAAAGACCAUUUAUGUGAUGAUGAGUUACAGACCAUGCCACUGCUGGCACCAACGUGUCCAAGUAAAGCAUGUAACCCUGGAUUUCCAUAUUCCCUGACAUCUACUGGAGUUUACACCCUGGAUGCCUCUUUGAGCCUCCGUCCUUCGUGCCCAGGUGUCUCCAGCAUUGCUGGUUUGCCAUCUUUGAAUGUAGCUACCUGUAUGGAUUGGAACCAUCACCUACAUCAACAAACCUUGUGCAAACGUGAGCGCAAAAAGGAAUCAGGGAUAUCAAUGGAUGACACUGUACCUGAAGUCACUAAAGAUGCUAUUUCUUUAGCACAAAUCUGCCCAAGAGAGUCUUGCAUCCCUGGCUUUCCUUCUUUACCCAAACAAAGUGCUGCAACAAGUGAGAAGCCAAAUAUGGUCAGUCUUUCAAGUUUAUGUGUGAAGGUGUCAAGAAUUCCAGGAAUUCCAUCAUUUCAUAAGAUGAAGGAAUGGACAACUACCAAGGAUGUGUUGCUUGAUUAUGGCUUUAAGUCACACCCAUUACAUAUUAACAUAUUGGGAGAAGACAACAAGCUGUUUAAGACAAUGUUUUUGAACGCCCCAUCCUGUCCUCAACAGGCACGCACAUCAGGAUUCCCCUCUCGUCCGACCCCUCCGGAUAUCCCCUUGGGAUAUAAUAGUCCUAGUCUUUACAGUCAGUGUUCUCAAGUCUCAAAAAUUCCGGGCUGGUCAUCAGUUCAUGGAGAUUCCACCAUUGGGUGGGUAACUGCUUCAGGAUCCAUUUUUGAGAGAAUCCCCAAGAGGAGGUUAAUAUUUGCCUCAUCAUAUCCGAAUAUAGAGGAAACAAAAGGAAUGGUUUCCAUCAUUCCAUUGUGCCCCAAAAUGUCUUGUAUCCCAGGAUUUCCGUCCAAUCCAAAUGUCUGUAAAGUGUGUGAGAACCUGAAUGGGGUAAACAUUCUUUCCCUGUGCCCCGUAAAGUCUGCUAUACCUGGUUUUGCGUCUCUUAAAUGCUACAAGAACAGUGAUUGGAUUUGUCCAAGAGAAGCACCGACCCGCAUAAAACAAAGUGAGACUUGUUUAAAGGUCAUUGACACAUCUGCUGGGAAAGACAGCAAAAAUAUGCUGUCUAUAGUUCCUUCCUGCGCCAGAGCUCCGAAGCCUGGAUUCCCAUCAGUUCCGCGUUUUAAUAUUCUUAGCCUUAUUGCCACUUGCCCUAAAAAAUCAAACUUGCCGGGAAUUUCUUGUCUGGAGACAUCUCAUGAGUUACCCUGGUUCACAGAACAAGACACUUUGUUUGACAAAUGUUCAAAGAACAAGAUUUUGAUCGAAGCUGUUUCAAAACGAAAUGAAAACGUAGACAUAUUGAAAUCAGCGGUGGCUAUUGCACAUUCUUGCCCUGAUAAGUCCAGGAUUGCAGGAUUUCCAUCAGUUCAUCGAUACUACAUGCAUAAGCUUGCUCCUGUUUGUCCCAGCGAAUCAGCGUGUCCAGGAUUUCCCUCCUUACAAGAUACCUUGAAAUUCCAGUGGGACUUAGAUAGUAUCAUUUUUGACAAGCCCACAAAAAAGUCACGUUUUAUGGAAGAUGGUCAAAGUAAAGAUGGUGAAAGACUGAAAGAUGCUGUGGCAAUGAGACCCUCUUGUGCAAGUAAGUCCAGGAUACCUGGAUUCCCUUCCGCUCCCAUCUACCAAAUGCAGAAUCUCAUUCAUGUUUGCCCUGAACAAUCCAAAUGUUCAGGAUAUCCUGCCCUUGAAGGAGGCUUCAAAUCCCAGUGGCUUUCUGGGUUUCAGAUUUUGUGUGAGAAGCCCACAAAGCAGAAAUCUUUGCGGACAGAUUCUCUGAAUAGAGAUAUUUGGAAAAUGUCUGUUGGUAUUGAACCCUCGUGUGCGCCUCGAUCACGGAUUCCAGGAUUUCCAUCGGCUCCCAUUUACAAAAUGCAGAAUCUCCUACCAGUCUCUCCCAAACGGUCAACUUGCCCCGGAUCCCCAUCAUUACAAGGAGCAUUUGAAUUCCAUUGGAUUUUUGAGACAAAUUUGUUCUGUGAUAAGUUUGCAAAGAAAACCCUUUUUAAGGACGACACUCUGGACCAAUGUAAAGAAAUCUUCAAAACUGCUGUGGCAAUCACACCUUCGUGUCCAAUGAUGUCCAGGAUUAAAGGGUUCCCAUCAGUUCCAAGAUAUGGUAUGCAGAAUCUUUUACCCAUGUGUCCUAAGACAUCAGGAUGUUCUGGAUGUUCCUCCCUUGAAGAGUGUCUGGAAUUAGAGUGGUUUUCUGGGCAACACAUCUUACUUGCUAAGUUUCCAAAGAAGACAGUGUUUAGACUAGAUAUGUCAGUUAAAGAUGAAAAACCCUUGAAGACAGGAGUAGCCAUUGCACCUUGUUGCCCAGAAGCUUCCAGGACUCCAGGAUUCCCCUCUGCGCCUAAAACCAAAGAGAGGGAUAAGCCAGUCAUGGUCAGCUUGGCACAUUGCUGCCCAAAUAUCUCAGAAAUUCAUGGAAUUCCAUCCAUUUCUUCUGUCACCCGUGGAGAGACGCUGUCUGAAGAAGAUAUUGUUGUGAUAAAGGCGCAGACGAAAAGCAAACACCCAUUUGUGACAGUGCGAGCGGCGUUAUACUCCAAUGAAGCAAAAAACAUGACCAGUCUGGUCUUAACAUGCCCUAAAAAGGCAAGAGUAUCUGGGUUUCCUUCAGCUGAAAUAAAUAACAUAUCACCAAACAUGGCCAGUUUGUACGCAUGUGCUCCAUGUGUUUCAUGUGUUCCUGGUUUCCCAUCAGCAAGGACUGUCAGCUUUACGUCUAAGACAGCUGGUGAAACACCAGGAACAUUGCUGAGUAAAAGGAUGGCUGACACAGUGACACUUCUAAGCAGCGAUAAUCUGCCAUUGUGGACGAAUGAGAUAGUUGACAUGAAGGACAUGGUGGCAGUGGCUCCAACCUGUCCGCAGCAGACUAAAAUCCCUGGAUUCCCCAGCAUUUCACCCCCUAGAAAUGAAACACCAACCGAAAACUUGCCAUCAGUGCUGCAAGAUAAUAAUGAAUUACAUGAGGUUGUUGAUUCGACGUGUACAACCACACGAAGCACAGAACAUGUGGAGGAAUACAAGGAAAGUUCAAGUCAAAGUCUAGAUCUAUCUUUAGAUGAUGGAGAGUGUCAAAACCAAAAGAUAGUGUCGCAGGAAAUGAAUGAAGGAGCACCCGCUGAGGGAAUCGUAGGAUGGGAGGUGUUGGAAACAGAGGGAACGGUAACUUUAAAAAGCCCAGAUCCAGCCCUGUCUGCGAAGAAAGAAGGUUCAGGAUUAGUCAAAACUAUUGUGGGGGUUUUACACAAAGGUUAUGAAACUGUAGCAUCCAUUCUGGGCCCCUCCAGCUCCCCUCUAGCAGAGGUUGAUUCCCAUGCCGAGGCUGUGUCCGAAGAAAAGUCUGUUCACUCAGUGGAAAAGGAUUUGUCAGGUUCUUUGAAUGGGCCUAGUCCUGCAGAGGAAAUCUCUCCUGUUGAUGACCAUUUUGAAAAGGUUUCUGAAAAGAAAGAGUCUGAAAGUCCGUCAGACAUUGAGCCCUACAUGAGAGACUUGGUUGACAAUGGCGAGGUACUUUCCUCAUCUGAUGGGGACACUGGACAUUUAGUACAUACAAGCAUGAAGAAAUGGCCUCCCCUCACUGAGGCGGACCUCAGUGAAAUCUCAAAGGAUGACAAUGAGAAAGUAGAGGACAGUGAAGACUUGCUCACAAAUGAACAGGAUUCUGUGGAAAUUCAAGGUGGCAAUACACUGCAGAGGUCAGAUGCAAAGAACAAUGAUGGAGCAUUUUCACCCUCUCCCACAUUGGCUGUCUGCCCUCAACAAACCAGCGCUGAAGACCUGUCGCCUAUUUUUGAUGCAAGGAUGUCUUAUUCAGCAGAAAAGGAUUCUUCCCAGAAUGAUUUGCCUGUUAGUCCGGUUGCCACGCAUGUUGGAAUCACGAUGGAACGGGGAAGGAAGCCAAAGAGAAGCAUUGUUGAACCCCAACUGCAAAGACGGGAUCAGGAGAAGGGUUGUGCUCCAUUGCGCCCUUUGAGAAGGAAAGACAGCUUAACCCCAGACCGCAAAAAGGAAUCGACGGUUGGGGUCAAGCAGAAACUUUGUGAAUGUCAAGACCUACAAAGAGAUACACCUCGAGAGACAGGAGGCUCAUCUGUUGAACUGACAGAGAAACUCGGUUCUGUAAUUGCUCCUCCUCGGGUGAAAACAAGAGAUGGCAGUUUGCCUCCCAAAGCAAUGAGUAAAACUGCCCCAGGUGACUCAGAAGAGAGAAAAGAAGAAACAUCCUCCAAAGUUACUGAUGUGAUUAUGCCUCCAAAUUUGGAGAAAACUCUGUCUGAUACCUGUGAUGCUUCACUGAUACCAGAACUGUCACUUACAAUAAGUUCUAUACUUGCAGAUGCAAGUGACCGGGUUAUGGAAAAACAUUUUAUGGAAACACAGGCACCAAUCAAAGAAUUGCUCACUGAAGUACCCACUGAGUUACACAGUGAGCCGACCCUCAUGGAAUCAACGAAAACUCAACCAGAUGUGGAGAGACUGGAUUUGGAGCCACCAGGCAGUUCUUCAAUAAUAAAGAAAAUUCGUCUAUCGAAGAGGGGCAACAGAUAUCUAUCAGGAAAGUUUGGGAAAACCUACAGCGUCAUUGGCGUUCAAAGAGCUGCCGUAGGAGACAAAGACAGCUCGGUUGAUGUUGCAAACUCAGAGAGUGUUGACCAUCCUCCUGUUCCAAAGGCACGCGUUAGGAAACGUCUAAGUGGUGCCUUUCCAGAUGACCUCACUAUAAACACUAUGAAUGAUGACCUUACAGAAAAGAUAGGAUCCAUAAACCAAGAACAAGAAUUGCCUAUUGUGGGUGACACCAGAGAACUAGCCCCUUUGCUGGAUCAGCCUUCUGCAUCUCUUGAAGUUCCUGCUGUGCGUCUGAGAAAGGACAUUCCAGGGCAUUCCUUGUUGCCUGUACCAAAACCCAGAGUCAAGAAACGCCUCAGCGGCUCGUUCUUUGAGCAUGACGGUUCUACUUCUCCAGCUAAGGUGGAGCUUGAUGUGGAGAACGAGCAUUCGGGUUUGCUGUUUCCUUUGCCCCGGACCAAGAAGCGUCUCAGUGCGAGCUAUUCACGCGGAUCUUCGCGAGUGGACGAUCUGUCUCCGUCAGAAGUUGAAUCAAAUGAUGCUGACCUUGAAACUUCGUUCACCAGCCAGGACACAACAUCAGUGUGCUCAAGUGUGAUCUCUGAGGCAGGGUUUGUUACAGUCCAAGGAGGUGAUGAUGAACGGAUGGCACAAGGGGGUGACGGCUGUCCUCUGCCACAUUUUAAUGGAAAUGCUGACACAGAGAAAAUGCUAGAUGAAAUCAUGACAAGAUGGGCCUACACGGAGGAAACUGUCCGAGAUGACUGUAAAGAACCAGCUGAGAUGGUCUGUGUUUUGAAGGACCUGGAGGUUAAGAGGUCUUUCCCUUCCUCGGGUGCUUCUGCUGAAGAUGACUGGCUGCAUGUCCAGAAUGAUAAACAAGGCAAAGCAGUGGAAGUGACUUUACAAAAGGACUUGAGAGACGAAGAGUUGGACUUUGGCUUUGUUUCUGUAGAUGUAGCUGCUGGUGGUUUAGAGAAUGACAGACAAAGAGAAAAUGGAGAAUCCUCACUUCCAGUUGAUCCAGUUCGCAGCCACCCACUGACUGGUUCAGGAGUGGAACUUCAGUUUGAAGCAGCAGAUGAGUCGGCUACGGCUGAAAGUAUUUCUGCCAGUCCCAGCUUGGUGAUGUCUAGCCAGUCUCUUCUGAAGUGGUGCCAGGAAAUGACUCAGGACCACAAAGGUGUCCGGAUCACCAAUUUCAGCACCUCUUGGAGGAACGGUCUUGCUUUCUGUGCCAUCUUGCAUCACUUCCAUCCUGACCUGAUUAAUUUUGAAAUGCUGGACCCUUAUGAUAUUAAACACAACAACAAAAAGGCUUUCGAUGGGUUUGCUGAACUUGGCAUUUCCCGACUAAUUGAGCCAUCAGACAUGGUGAUGCUGAACGUUCCUGACAGACUGAUAGUGAUGACUUACCUCAACCAGAUUCGGACUCAUUUCACGGGCCAGGAGCUGAGUGUCCUUCAUAUAGGGAAAGACAACAGUGAGUCCAGCUAUGCAGUAACAGCCGAGCGGGACACGCAGGAGGACCCGGAGGCCGCGGCUCGCUACUGUGUCCAGAGGCUUCAGGAGGAGGGGAUCACUCUCGAGACCAUGGGCUCGGUGGAGGAAAGUAAAGCGGCUAGUGAUGUGGUUCCACCCCCAAGAACAAAACGGUUCCCAGUUUCCGGAUCAAGUGACACACAGUCACCAGUGGCACCACCAAGGACUCAUUUCAUGUCAAGGUCGGGGUUCUCUCGUGUCAAAGAUGCUGAUCUGGUCAAGAAACGAAGGUCUCAGAGGAGGAGCGGGUCCGUGGAUGAUGGGGACAGCACAGUGGGAGGAAGCCAACAGGGUGCAGCAGAACAAGAAGACAAACACAUGUUGGAGACUGAGACCCCAGGGUUUGUUGUUCCAGAGGGGAGACCGGAGGGCCAGGAUGCCAGUCAGUAUGUGCUUAGUCAAAUGGAAGCCCUGGAAACAGAACAGAACCACAUAGACAACAGAGCUGGAGUGGUGGAGCGGAAACUCAGGCAGCUGAUGGAGACAGGCAGUGACAAGGUGGAGGAGGAGCGCCUGAUCCAGGAGUGGUUCACUCUUGUCAACAAGAAAAACGCUCUGAUCAGACGACAAGAUCAUCUGCAGCUUCUAUUGGAGGAGCAGGAUUUGGAAAGAAGAUUUGAGCUGUUAAACCAGGAGCUGCGUGUCAUGAUGGCCCUGGAAGACUGGCAGAAGAGUCAGGUCCAGAAACUUCGGGAGCAGCUCCUCCUGCAGGAGCUGGUCUCGUUGGUCAACCAGAGGGACGAGUUGCUCCACAACAUGGAUGCCAAGGAGCGAGGAGGCCUUGAAGAGGAUGAGCGGCUGGAGCGAGGACUGGAGCAGCGGAGGAGAAAGUACGCCAAACAGCAGAAGGAGAAAUGUGUGAUGCAGUGAUAGCAGCGUCUCAACGCCAGCGUGUGGAAGUGCUGAAAAAGCCAAAGAGACUGAGACCUGGUGUGUUAGAUAGAAAAGGUGGGGAACUCCACGACCCCACUAAAAGCUCCGGCAGUCAUUGCUUUUAGGAGACAUUUGUCAUUUAUUUGCUGUGUUUUAGGAGGACGUUGAAGAAUGCAACUGUGUAGAUGUUAAGCUUUUGUUGGUCCCUUUACCUCGUUCAUCCUGACCAUCCUGCGCCGGGUUCUGACUCAUUUCUGACUUGUAUUUGCACUUUAUAUGUAUAUUUAUCUCUCUAGCAUUUUUAGGUCAUCUCAUUCAAUGCUUUAUAUUUAGACAUUAUUUAAGUAAUUUUUAGCUAUUUUCAUUACGACGGAGAUUCAGGAUAAAAUGUGCAUGGGACGUAAAUGCUUGCAGUAAACCAACAUGCCCGAUAGAGGGCAGAAAGCAACAAGCUCUCAAAAUAAAGACACGGUCGUUUUGAGCGCUUCUCCAGUGACACGUUUUACUCAUUUACAAGGAGCGAGUCAUUUUAAUCUUUAUUUUACCACCACCCGUGCAGCCAUUUACACAGAAAAACAGUUAAUACUCAUUUGAAUUGAAGAAUGUAAUUUUCAAUAUACCAGUUACGUUAACCCAGCAUUCAUUUUCAUGUGUCUUUAUGACAUACAGACGGGCCUCCUAACGAAAAUGGAUGGUCUCCUCACUUGUAAGAAAAGACUCCUGUGAUCACUGUCUUCUGUUGAUUUGAAGUGGCUGGCAUUGUUUCAUUGUGUUCAGCAUGUAAACGUUUAGCUCUUCAUGGAUCUGCUUCCUGGAUGUUUCUUCAGAAAGCUUGUUACGCUCAUGUCACAUUUGCACUAUUUGUUAAGAUUUGCAAAAUACAGAAAAAGCAAUUGUGCGUUUGACCUUUUUUCUGUUUGUGGAUGUGAGUGCUGGGAAGAGUUGUCAGUCAGGUGUUGAGGCCAGCUUCUCAACAUUCUUCAACUGCUGCACAUUACUUGGACUCACACUGGUCUUUUGGCAUACAUCGUGUCCUUCUUUACCUCACCCACGGACCUCAUUGUAUUUCUUCAUCUUUUUUCACAGUGUACUUCCAUUUCUUAGAUUCUUCCUCCAGCAUGUCCCUGUCUCUCCACUCCACAUGGCCUCCCUAACUUUGUCUCCUAACCCCUCCACAUGAGCUGUCCCUCUGAUAUCCUGGUUCCUAAUCCAUACCCUUCACCAACCUGCCUCUCUUCUGUCACAGAGCCCUGCGAUGGUCAUCUCUCCUUCUGUCCUAUCCUGUCUGCUCCGUCCUCUAGUCAGCAUGCUGUAACAAUCAUUCCAGGAACCAAGCUGACAAAGAACAAUGACACUCUAGCAAGUUCCUAUGCUACAGUGUCAUCUUUACACACUCUACGAUCCUCCACCUUCAGUCUCUCACAAAUCCGUGGGAUUCAAUUGUACCUUCUGUGGUGACCAUUCAAGUGUGGGAAAUAUCAGUUUCUGAGCUUUUUUUCAGGGGUUUUAUUUGCAAACUUUACUGCAAAACAACAAAUGGAGGGUUGUGAUGAUACUCGAUAUAUUUGCCUCUGAAACAGUAAAGUUCAACACAG